GCUAAGAGAAAGGGUACGAAACGUCGGGCACCCGAUACCGGUAACGGGACCGGUACCAGAGCAGUGGCCGGUCAUUGGUCGGGACCGGCGUUUGACGGCCCGGACAAUAUCGUACCCGUCGGGCGGCGGGGCCACGACGUGAUGGCCGAGGAGGUGAUAAUGAUAAAUAGGGGUCAAUACUCUCACACAAUCGGCGUAAUAGGCAUGGACAAACAAUUGGUGCGCGAGUUGGAGGUAAAGUUUUGGUACGCUAUGAUUAAUAGGUGGGCACCGGUACCCGACGGGGUAUACCUGUCGCCGGAAAUCAUUGGCAAAAGCACUGACCAGAGCCGAGACGACGAUCGGGACACUAAGGGUGUGCUAUUUGACCACUAUUUCAAAAACGAACCGACACUAGUGCGCCAAAUGUUGGCCAACGGGGCGGCGCGGGCUGACUGGUCCGUAUACCUGGUCAUAUCGCCGUACGACACGCCGUACGUCAUUGUUCACCCGAGUGUACUCGUUCAGCAUAGGGUGGCCACCGGGCUUGAGUAUUACUAUUACGAACCCUACGCCGCCCACGAGCAGCCGCCCCCAUACAUGCCCGACGUGUUGGACACUGUACUCAAUGGCCGCGCCAGCGAUGGCCAGUGGGGUUCAGUAGAGGUGCGCCGGGCGUACGGCUCGCAGGGCCAGUGCGGCGACGGUUUGCGCCGGUGUCUGAUAUUUAUCGCCAACUUUCUGGACGACUCGACGGUGUUGUGCGCGUACAACUGGUCACCCUAUGCUUAUAACCCGCGUAAUCGCUGA